UUCAUUAGCAGGAUGAGCAUCAACAUGGCAGCUGUACUGUGCCCUAGACAGUGCGAUAGCAAUCCUGCAACUCCUGGGACGCAGUCCAUGAAGGAUGACAUUGAAGAAAAUUCCAGUGAUGGCAGUCAAGCCCCCAAGAGACGCAGGAUGGGAUCAGGAGACAGUUCCAGGAGCUGUGACACAUCCAACCAUGAGCUGGGACCUACAUACUUCCCUGCUGAAAAUCUAACAGAAUACAAAUGGCCUGCGGACGACACAGGAGAGUAUUAUAUGUUACAAGAGCAAGUCAGCGAGUAUUUAGGAGUCACAUCAUUUAAGCGGAAAUAUCCAGAUUUGGAAAGAAGAGACCUGUCUCACAAAGAGAAGCUUUAUCUGAGAGAGCAAAAUGUCAUCACAGAAACACAGUGUACAUUAGGUCUCACUGCUCUCCGCAGUGAUGAGGUCAUUGAUUUGAUGAUUAAAGAGUACCCAGCCAAACAUGCAGAGUACUCGGUUAUACUCCAAGAGCGAGAGCGGCAGAGGAUAACUAAAGAAUACUCUGUGAGCACUCUUAGUGCACAAAUGCAACAAAAAAAUCCUCAAAAAGUUGAAGCCAGUAAAGUGCCAGAUUACAUAAAGAAAGCAGCUAAAAAAGCUGCUGAAUUCAACAGUAAUUUCAACCGAGAGCGGAUGGAGGAGAGAAGGGCAUAUUUUGACCUUCAAACACAUAUUAUUCAGGUACCUCAAGGAAAAUACAAAGUCCUACCUCCCGAAAAAACAAAGUCUGGUCCAUACCCAGUGGCCCUCAUCCCUGGGCAGUUCCAAGAGUUCUACAAACGGUACUCUCCGAAUGAGCUCCGCUACUUGCCCAUGAACACGGCUCUAUACGAGCCUCCCCUGGACCCAGAGCUGCCUGCCCUGGACAGUGAUGGUGAUUCUGAUGAUGGAGAGGAUGGAAAAGGAGAAGAUGGCAAGAAAAAAGGUUCCUCUGAAAGUUCAUGUGGAAACACUUCGGAUGGGGACAGCCAGGACAGUGGAAUUCAGUCGAAAAACAAGAGCAAAGAACGUCCUGGCACCCAGAGCAAAGACGCCACUCCUCGCACCAUCCAACACAAAUCUGUCCCUGGGUACAAGCCUAAGGUCAUUCCCAAUGCUAUAUGUGGCAUAUGUCAGAAGGGUAAGGAGGCCAACAAGAGAGGCAAACCAGAAGUUCUCAUCCACUGCUCCCAGUGCCAAAAUAGCGGUCACCCGUCCUGCUUGGACAUGAGUGCUGAUUUGGUGUUACAGAUCAAGAUGUAUCCCUGGCAGUGCAUGGAAUGCAAGACGUGUACCGUCUGCAAGCAGCCCCACCAUGAGGAGGAGAUGAUGUUCUGUGACAAGUGUGAUCGGGGUUUCCACACCUUCUGUGUGGGCAUGGACUCUAUUCCUCUGGGUUGCUGGGUCUGUGAUUUAUGCAACAAAAACAUAUCUACACCUCAGAAAAAAGGAACAGUGAAAACACCCAAAAAAUCGAAAUAAGUUCCAAAGAGAACAUUUUUAUUUCGGAUGACAGUUUUGAUAUUAAUUUCUAUUUUUCUACUUUUGAAAUGAUAAACCCAUACAAUUAUGUAUUUUGUAUGUUGCAAUGUUUUGCCACAUAUUUGUUGCUGAUUUGUUUCCCCCGAUUGUUAGCGAUUUAGUUUUUUUUUUUGUACCAUUUAAAAUAAAAGUGAAAAAAAUGGUCUGUUUUUGUUCUGUUUGUACUGCUUUUAUUUUGCUCAUAUUUGUUAAAGCUGAAGUGUUUUUGCACCAUUACCUUCACUGAACGGAAUGGCAAAAAUAAACAUUUCCUGCAGCCGUAAACGCGUAGUGUCAGAAUAUGUACUGUAUUUGAUGGAUGCACUUCUCGACCGGUAAAACAGUAUGUUCUACAACGGUAACAUCUACUCUGGUUUGGUUAAACAAGCACCAUUUAAGCACAAGGAACAACUUGGCAUAUACAUCACUUUUUUUCUUUUUGCAUUUGGCAGACCCUUUAUCCAAAGUGCACUUAUUAUCCUGGAGUUAAGUGCCUUACUCAAGGACACAGUGGUGGUGGCUGUGGGAAUCGAACCGGCAACCUCCUGCUUACCAGUUCUAUGCUUUAGCCCAAUAUGCCACCAUCAGUCCACUUACAGUUGAAAAG